CCUGGCAAACACAACAAUGUCAGCAGCAAACGAGAGAUCCUCGCCAGUUAACAAUUCAGACUCCCGAGCUGGAACUCCUGGAGCACAAGGAGGAAGUUCCAUUAAAUUAUCAUUUGGAGCGAAAAAGACGGCCACAGUUGAGCGGCGAAUAGGGACGUUUGACCGUCACGACGGAGUGGGUGGUUAUCGGAGUACUCAAGCUGUGGAUGAAACUAUUACAGAAAUUUCUGGGUUUGAGCUGAAAGGGACAACUGUCGCGGAGCCAAAGGGUCCACUCGUAAUACCUCUUAUCAAAACAAACCAAUGGCGAAAUUAUGCAGGAAGCUCGGCAUCUUCAAAAUCAGAUACGGACGAAGGGAAAAGAGAACCGAAUCGUAGUCAAUCUCCGGCACUACCCGUAUCUUCGGUUGCAGAUCCCAUUGUUGAGGAGCGCGGAGGUGAACAAAAACAGGAUUCUGUCAGAGAUCCGGCAGAAGAUGGAUCAAAGUGGGGCUUGCAGAUUCGAAAAAAGCGAAAAGUAGUCGAGACCACAUCGUCUACAUCAUUGCCGACUCAAGUGACACUGCGAGACUCGGAGGAAAUUGAAUCAGCAGAAAUGUCCAAGGCUCCUGCUGUGAAUAUGACUGUGGAGGAGGAAGCAUUGGCCGCAGUAUUAAAAGAUGCCAGCGGCGAGCAGGACGAUACACAACCGCGCCUUCACACAUUGCCUAUUCUGGCGCAGAAUUCUGUGCCUGGACUAGAUGAAAUCGAAGAUGCAACCGAAAAGUACCGCCAUGAUGUGAAUCUAAGACCAGCCGAGGCAACACUGGAUGAUUAUGAGCGGGUGCCCAUAGAAGAGUUUGGUAUGGCUAUGCUGAGAGGAAUGGGAUGGGAAAAGGGAAGACCUGUCGGCAAGAACCCCAACGGCUUGAUUGAACCAAUCGUCAACAAACCGCGACCACAUCUUCUUGGAUUAGGCGCAACACCAGCUCCGCCAACCGAGGUCAAACAAAAAAAGUACAUUAAACCCGGCGAAAAGCGGCAACCAGACCCUUUAGCGGAAACUCCCGCUCAACCUAUUAAUCGAGAUGUACCCCGAAGUCGUAAGGAGAAGGAGAGAGAACGUACACCUCCACGAGAAGCACCAUUACGUGUAAACGACGCCGUGCUCGUGACUGUGGGCAGACAUGAAGGCCAGGAAGGAACCAUUGUGGAAAUAAAAGAGCGAUCGUCAGGGACCGUGGUGAAAGUCCAGUUGAAUAACACUCAGGAGAUUGCACGAGUAUGGUUAGAAGAUAUCCGACGCCUUCCUCCACGCGGACACACUUCAACAGGCAAAAAACGCGAUGUUGAUGGAAAUGCGCGACGCAGCUCUUCACAUUCUUCAUCACCGGCUCCUAAACGGUCAUGGCUACGACCACGAAUAAGAGUGCGGGUUAUAAGCAAAUCAUUAGGCAAUGGCAGAUACUACAAUCACAAAGGCACAAUCCAAGACGUUUUUACUGCUGGAGAGUGCGUACUGCGACUGGACUCUGGAGAACUUUUAGAAGGAGUGAAAGAUCGACAUGUGGAAACAGUCAUCCCAGCAGUUGGACAUCUUGUCUGUGUCGUCCAAUGUACAGACGCGGAACACAUCGGACAGGUGGGACGACUAAAAGAACGGGAUUCGGAAAGAGAGCGAGCUGUGGUGGAGAUGGAAACGUCUUUUGAGUACCUGACCUUCACGUAUGAUGAGAUUGCAGAAUUUGUAGAGUGAAGUGUGAUGGCAGUCUGUAAACAGUAGCCGGGUGAAUCAAGUUUGCGCAAAUAUAGUGCUGGCCAACUCUGGUAUUGUGACUCGAGAAACCCAUUAGAAAAAAAGGAGAUUGCGAAAACACUGAG